AUGGCGCCCAACACGCCUCUGGGGGUGGGGGGGCACCUAGCCUGCCUCCCCGACAUCCCCACCCCUGGCGGCAAACCCACCCCUGGCGCCGAACCAACCUCCCUGCCGUCCCAAACCCCUGGCGGUGGCCCCAACUGCCUUCCCGCUGUCCCCAACCCCUGCCCUGUCGGCGGUGCCCAGCCUGCCACCCCGCCAUCCCCAAACCCUGGUGGCAUUGCCAAACCAACCUCCCCGCCGUCCCCAACCUGCUUCCCGCCGUUCCCCAUCCCGCCUGGUGGCGACGCCCAACCCACCUCCCCACCGUCCCCAUUGCCUGGCGGCGGCGCCCAACCUUCCUCCCCGCUGUCCCUAAACCCAGGUGGUGGAGCCCAACCCACCUCCCCACCAUCCCCAAUAUACCUCCCCACUUUCCCCAACCCCUGCCGUCCCCAAAUACUGGCGGAUACACCCAACCUGCCUCCCCAAUGUCCCCACCUCUGGCGACAGCGCCCAACACGCCUCCCGGCCAUCCCCACCCCUGGCGGUGGUGCCAAUCCACCUUCCCGCCAUCCACAAAACCCUGGUGGCAGCGCCCAACCUGCCUCCCCACUGUCCCCAAACCCUGUGGUGGAGCCCAACCCUCCUCCCUGCCUUCCCCACCCCCUGGUGGCAAAGCCCAACCUUGCCUCCCCGCUUGUCCCCAAUACCUGGUGGUGGUGCCCAAUCCGACUCUCCACUGUCCCCAACCCCUGGCAGCGGCGCCUAACCCUCCUCGCUUCUGUCCCCAACGCCUGGCGGCGGCGCCCAACCGUCUCCCUGCCGUCCCCAAUCCCUGGUGUCGGCACCCAACCUGCCUCCCCACUCCUGUUGGCAGGGGCCAACCCCAGUCCCCAAACCCUGGCUGAAGAGCCAAACCCACCUGCCCGCCAUCCCCAACGCCUGGCAGCGGUGCAAACCCGCAUCCCUGCCAUCCACAAACCCUCUCGGCAGCGCCGAACCCUCCUCCCUGCCAUCCCCACCCCUGGCAGCAAAGCCCAACCUGCCUCCAUCCCCGCCGUCCCAAUCCCUGGCGUCGGCGCCCAACCUGCCUCCCCACUCCUGUUGGAUUGCAAACCUGCCUCCCCGCUGUCCCCAACCACUGGCGGCGGCGCCCAACCCGCCUUCCAGCUGUCCCCAACCCCAGGUGGCGGCGCCCAACAUGCCUCGCCGCCGUCCCCAACCCUGGUGGCGGUGUCCAACCUGCCUUCCCGCCAUCCUCUACCCUGGCGGCAGCGUCCAGACUGCCUCCCCGCCGUCCCCAACCCUGGCAGCAGCGCCCAACCCGCCUCCUGGCCAUCCCCACCCCUGGCAGCAGUGCCUAACCUGCCUCCCUGCCAUACCCAGCCCUGGCGGGGGCACCCAACCCGCCUCCCAACCAUACCCACCCCUGGUGGCGGUCCCCAACCCACCUCCCUGCCAUCCCCAUCCCUGGUGGCAACACCCAACCUGCCUCCCUGCCGUCCCCAACCCAUGACAGCGGCGCCCAACCCGCCUCCCCGCUGUCCCCAAAACCAGGUGGCGGUGCCCAACCCGCCUUUCCGCCAUCCACUACCCAUGGCAGCAGCGCCCAACCCGCCUCCCCACGUCCCCAUUGCCUGGCGGCGGUGCCCAACCUUCCUCCCCGCUGUCCCUAAACCCAGGUGUGGAGCCCAAACCCACCUCCCCACCAUCCCCAAAUACCUCCCCACUGUCCCCAACCCCUGCCGUCCCCAAAUACUGGCGGAUACACCAAACCUGCCCUCCCCCCAAAUGUCCCACCUCUGGCGACAGCGCCCAACACGCCUCCCGGCCAUCCCCACCCCUGGCGGUGGUGCCAAUCCACCUUCCCGCCAUCCACAAACCCUGGUGGCAGCGCCCAACCUGCCUCCCCACUGUCCCCAAACCCUGGUGGUGGAGCCCAACCCUCCUCCCUGCCUUCCCCACCCCUGGUGGCAAAGCCCAACCUGCCUCCCCGCUGUCCCCAAUACCUGGUGGUGGUGCCCAAUCCGACUCUCCACUGUCCCCAACCCCUGGCAGCGGCGCCUAACCCUCCUCGCUUCUGUCCCCAACGCCUGGCGGCGGCGCCCAACCCGUCUCCCUGCCGUCCCCAAUCCCUGGUGUCGGCACCCAACCUGCCUCCCCACUCCUCGCCGAACCCUCCUCCCUGCCAUCCCCACCCCUGGCAGCAAAGCCCAACCUGCCUCCCCGCCGUCCCCAAUCCCUGGCGUCGGCGCCCAACCUGCCUCCCCACUCCUGUUGGUAGGGCCCAACCCAAGUGCCCACCGUCCCCAAACCCUGGCUGAAGAGCCCAACCCACCUGCCCGCCAUCCCCAAUGUCUGGCAUGGAUUGCAAAACUGCCUCCCCGCUGUCCCCAACCACGGCGGCGGCGGCAACAACCCGCCUUCCAGCUGUCCCCAACCCCAGGUGGCGGCGCCCAACAUGCCUCGCCGCCGUCCCCAACCCUGGUGGCGGUGUCCAACCUGCCUUCCCGCCAUCCUCUACCCUGGCGGCAGCGUCCAGAACUGCCUCCCCGCCGUCCCCCCAACCCUGGCAGCAGCGCCCAACCCGCCUCCUGGCCAUCCCCACCCCUGGCAGCAGUGCCUAACCUGCCUCCCUGCCAUACCCAGCCCUGGCGGGGGCACCCAACCCGCCUCCCAACCAUACCCACCCCUGGUGGCGGUCCCCAACCCACCUCCCUGCCAUCCCCAUCCCUGGUGGCAACACCCAACCUGCCUCCCUGCCGUCCCCAACCCAUGACAGCGCGCCCAACCCGCCUCCCCGCGGUCCCCAAAAACCAGGGUGGCGGUGCCCAACCCGCCUUUCCGCCAUCCACUACCCAUGGCAGCAGCGCCCAACCCGCCUCCUCGUUGUCUCCAAAACCAGGUGGCAGCGCCAAACCCCCCUCCCCACUGUCCCCAAACACUGGCGGGGGCACCCAACACGCCUCCCCACCCUCCACACCCUUAACGGCGGUGCAUAACCUGUCUCCCCGCUUCCUGACACCUGGCGGGGGAACCCAACCCACCUCCCCACCCCUGGCUGCUUUGCCAAAACCACCUCCCCGCCGUCCUCAAUGCCUGGCGGCGGCACUUAACCUGCUUCUCUGCGGUCCCCAACCACUUGCGGUGCUGCCAAACCCACCUCCCAACCAUCCCCAACCCAAGGUGGCAGCGCCCAGCCUGCCUCCCUGCCAUCCCAAACCCCUGGCAGCGGAGCCCAACCCCCCUCCCUGCUUUCCCCAAACACUGGAGGAGGCACCCAACACGCCUCCCCGCCCUCCCCACCCCUAA